AUGAAGUCCGUGUAUCUUCCCGUCGUCGUAGCCUUUGGCUCAACAGUCUAUUCGGCACCUUCAAGUACUGCUCCGUGGACAGCUCCUGGUACCACUGAUGUUCGUGGCCCAUGCCCUAUGCUGAACACCUUGGCGAACCACGGUUUCCUUCCGCAUACUGGAAAAGGAAUCACCGUCAACAAGACGAUUGACGCUCUCGGAACCGCUUUAAACAUAGACUCAGCGUUGUCUGUGGAGCUGUUCAACUUCGCGGUGACGACGAACCCAACGCCCAAUUCGACAUAUUUCGACUUGAAUGAUCUUAGCCGCCACAACAUCUUAGAACAUGAUGGUAGCUUGAGCCGCCAAGACGCUUACUUUGGACCCCCCGAUGUCUUCAAUGAGGCCGUCUUCAACCAAACAAAGUCGUACUGGACCGGAGACACGAUCACCGUACAAAUGGCAUCCAAUGCUCGCGUCGCUCGUCUUAUGACUUCGAAUCUUACCAAUCCCGAGUACUCGUUAUCCGACCUAGGCUCCGCCUUCAGCAUUGGUGAAUCAGGAGCUUAUGUCGCUAUCCUUGGCGACAAGGUGUCCGGCACGGUGCCUAAGGCUUGGGUAGAAUACCUAUUCGAGAACGAGCGCUUGCCUUACGAGUUAGGCUUCACCAAAGCGAAGGAACCUUUCGUAGCAGAUGACCUGGGAGAUAUGAUGAACAGAAUUGUCGCGGCCGAACAUUUCCCUCAGUCGCCUGGCAAAGUUGCAGUUGACAAGCGCUCAGUCGGUCGUUGCCCUUACCACUAA